CCUGACCUGCCAAUAAUGUUGGUUAAAUACUUGAAACGGGGUUAUGCUGGCUCACAUACUGGGAGCUUGGCACCACACGGCACGGAGAAGUCACUGGCAGCCAUGGGACCUAAAAGCAAAUGCAAGCUCAAGAUGUGUUCUGCACGCGGUUUGCAACUUCUGGGGCUGUUCGUGUUGUUAAACAUUAUUCCUCAAGCAAAAGCCGCUUGUGGAAAGCCAAUAGCUGUGCAACAUAGUUCUUUGCACCCACAAUUUGCAAGACAAACAUCGUUUGAAAAUGGUCAAACAGCAACCUUCCGGUGCAAUACAGGCUACAGUGUGAAAGGAAGAACCUACUCUAUUAAGUGUCUCCAAAAUGAGUGGAGUCCAGUUCAAUUCUCCUGUGAACCCAAAAACUGUGGAUUCCCAGGAGAGAGUGAACAUGGUUACUGGGAUGGUGAAGCGUUCACCUUUGGAAAGGACGUGAGAUUUGUUUGCAACGAUGGGUACGUCAUAGCUGGGAGGCAAGAUUACAGAACGUGCCAAGCCGAUGGAACGUGGUCCCAUGAAGUCCCAGUGUGCGAGCCCAUAAAAUGCGACACUCCCGAAGAAGUGGAAAACGGAAUAGUUUCCUUUCCAUCUGAAUUGGAUUAUGAUUCGAUCGUGACAUACCACUGCAACCAAGGGUUCUCUCUCAUCGGGAACAAAAUUAGACGAUGCAAUGAGAAGGGGGUCUGGAGCGACAGUGCUCCUGCUUGUAAAGACAUAAAGUGCCCAAGACCUCCUCCCGUUAAAAAUGGUUAUGCAGUGGAAGACGUUAAAACAGAAUAUAUCAUGAAUGAUAAACUUGUGUAUCAAUGCGAAGGACAUUACGACUUGAAGGGAUCACCAACCAUUACAUGUUUACAAUCAAAGUUGUGGUCCGAACCUCCAAUUUGUGAGCCUGUUUGCAAAGAAAAAACAAUACCAAAUGCUAAUUCUAACGAGGGAUACGAAAGAGAAUUCUUCGUCCUGGGUAACCAGUUGCAGUUUACUUGCAAAACAGGUUUUGCAGAUAAAAGACGAGAUAUGUUAUCCACUACAUGCACACUAUAUGAAAACAAAGCUGACUGGUUCCCGUUGUUGAACACCUUCAAGUGUGAGAAGCUAUGUCCACUUUUUCCUACGAACAAUUAUCAAGAUACAAGACUCGAAUAUGUGCUGGGAUUUCCUACUGGGAAAAGGUUCUUCCUGUACGAUUACGUGGAGUUUAAAUGCGCUGAGGGAUAUAGAGAUAUCUCAAAAACAUCCUCUGAUGCCUUUAAAGUGCAUUGUUUACCAACUAGUAAUUGGGAUCCAUCUCCAGUAUGGAAACAAAAAACAUUUUCAUGCCGACGAUACUGUGGACACCCAGGUACGCCUGGCCAUGGACAGACGAUCGGAAGUAGUUACAUUGAGGGAGCAACUUUGAGGUUUAAAUGUGAUCUUGGGUUUCGCAUCAAUGGACAACAACAAGUGUAUACUCAAUGCCGGAACAAUGGGAUGUGGUCUGUCCCAAAAGUAGAUUGUCAAGAGGUCAAUUGUGGACGGCCAGAAAUUACCAAUGGUAUAUGCAGUGGUCAACACCCUUCUCAUUUUGCUCAUGAUAAAAGCGUCUCAUGCCAAUGCAAUACUGGGUAUGAAUUAACGACCUCCAAUAAUGCUAUUCGUUGCCAAGACGACGGACGUUGGACUUAUUUACAUUGCGAAGUGGUGACAUGCAACUACCCAAAUGAAAUUAGCAAUCUAAUAUAUAAGGCUCCGUCGAACAUAUUUGGAGAAACUAUCACCUUUACCUGCAGGAGUGGUUACGAGUUGGAGGGAUUUGCGAGUGCUGUCUGUCAAGCCAAUAAGCAGUGGUCUCAUCCCGCUCCAAAAUGUAUACAAAAAAAGUGCAAAAAGAUAACACUUUCAGAAAAUUUGAAAAUUGACGAUACCAACGUUAACGUUGGCAGUCAAGUCAAUUUUUAUUGUGAUGAAGGAUAUACCUUAAUUGGCAGUAAUGAAGCUGAGUGCUUGCCGACGCUAGAAUGGUCCAUUGAAAAAGCACCCAUCUGUAAACCGGUGACGUGCGACCAACUUGAUAUUCAAAAUGGAAGUUUUGACGUUUCUCUGCCAGUUCAAUUCAACACUUUUAUCAGAUAUAGUUGCAAUGAAAAUUAUGUAUUGGUGGGAAACCAAACGAUAGAAUGCUUACGUACAGGCAAAUUGAGUAGCGAAAAACCCUACUGCAAAAUGGCAGAUACGUGUGACAACCCCUCAUCAGUAGAGAACGCGGAACCGAUUAUCCACAAUAGAGACUUUAAGGCUGGUGUAACAGUGGAAUAUAAAUGCAAACGUGGCUUUAGUUCGGCCAAUGAGGGACCACUGAAUACAAUCAACUGCCAGAAGAGUCCGGAAGGCCAUUUCAAAUGGACUGAGCCCACUAUAAAUUGCACACCAAUAACAUGUGAACCUCCUGAAGUGGUAGAUAAUGCAAAAUUGGUUGGUGACGAGGUCACAUUUGGUAAAACAAUUACAUAUGUAUGCAAAACAGGGUUCACAAUUAAAGGUAAUGACACGAGAGAGUGUCUGGCUGAUGGGACAUGGUCAAAUAUCACUCCUACCUGUGAAAGGGAGUCCAUUGGUCAACCGUGUGAAAGGCUAGGUAACAUAAGUAAAGGUCACGUACAUGUGAACCAAACAAACCCAAACAUAGCAAAGUAUGCGUGUGAUGACGGUUAUGUUCUGGAAGGACCUUCAGUAAGAACAUGCAAAAAUAACAAGUGGAGUGGUUUGGAGCCUAUUUGCAGAGUGCGUCUUUCCACAGUGCUCUCCAGCAAUGAAUGCGGAACCCCACCAAUGAUAGACAAUGCUGAUUUGACUCAAGAUGUGUUUGGCAAGUCAAGUUUUAAGAUAGGGACUAAUAUUAACUAUAAUUGCAAGCCUGGCUAUACUACAUCAAGUGGUUCUGUCUCCAUCUCCAUUCGAUGUAGAUCAAUGGAUGAUCGUGGUAAAUGGAACAUUCCUGUGAGUACAUGCAAUGAGGCAUGUCAAAUUCCAGGCAACAUAGAAAAUGGUGAAGUAGUAGUGGAUAAUAGUAACCCAAGGAGAAUCGUAUACUUAUGCAAUGAAGGAUAUAUAUUAUUUGGAAAUAAUAUGAGGACGUGUUCAAAUCUCGGAAAAUGGAGCGGAAAGGAACCAUCUUGCAGAAUCGCAGGAAACGAUGUAUGUGGGACUCCUCCUAAUAUACCCAAUGCAAUGCUGAUAGAAGAACAUGAGCAGCAGGAGAGCUUCCCUGUGGAUACACGCGUUCGUUAUCGUUGCAAACCAGGAUACACGGUAUCUCCCGGUUCAUCUUACACAUUGUAUUGUAGAAGAGAAGGCAAUGCCAUUAAGUGGGACAUGCCUAAACUGAAAUGCUCUCCCAAAACCUGCAGUUUUCCGGGCGAAAUUGAAAAUGGAUAUUUUGAGGGAGAUUCAUUCCAAUAUCGGCGCAUAGUGACAUAUUUCUGUAAUAAAGGGUACACUAUACCGGAAAAACACACAAGCCUGGAGUGCCAAGCAGAUGGGACAUGGUCUCACCAGACCCCGACAUGUGAACCAAUUACAUGUGAUUCACCCGCUGAAGGUCCACAUCUUAUAAGCAGUUCCCCAUCCAGGCUGGAAUUUGGCAGUGCGAUUACAUACACUUGUGAAAAGGAAAUGACACUAAACGGGCCCUCAACGCGAACCUGUCAGGCCGAUGGAACCUGGUCAGGCAAGGACCCAGUGUGUGUCUUUAAUUGCCCACCUCCAUCCGAACCAUGGCAAGGAUACUGGAUUGGGAAUGACCAUUCCUUGGGGAGCUCCAUCACAUUAAAAUGCAACAAAGGUUACAUGGUGGCAGGUGCUGAUAAACAGACCUGUCGGGAAGAUCAAGCGUGGUACCCUUCACAGUCCCCUACAUGUCAGCGUACUUGUGAUCAACCAAUAGAUCCCUUUGGACGUCUUUCAGACCAGCACAAAAGCAAAAAUGUUUUCACACAGGGAGAUAUUGUGAGGGUCACAUGCUCAAAUCGACAGCCAUAUGAAGGCUACAAUCUACAAUGCAACGAUGGACAAUGGGCCCCACCCGGCUCCCCCCGGGCUUUUACAUGGAACACAUGUGGUGGGUUCUGUUUGAUGCCUCCGUCACAAGUCAAAGCAACGCUAUCACCGAGAUUCACCUAUAAAAACAUGUAUAAUGUGGACGAUUACUUGUACUUUAAUUGUAACAAUUCCUAUUCCAGAAGAUUUGGGUAUUAUCUUUACUGCAGACAGGACAAUACGAAGCGAACUAAUUGGGAGAAUGACUGCGGUAGUGGACCAUGUUGCCUAUGAUAGAACAUCUCACGACACUUGGCUUCACUGAUUUCCUAAUUAUAAUGCACACGGCUAUAUUUCAGUUGGCCAGAUUGACUUAUUCUCAUUACUUACAUUCUAAUUAUAACUGCAACAUGUCGACCAUAAUAUACAAAUUUGAUAUAAUUAAACAAGCGUUUACUGACAAUGAACAAUAACCUCAUUAAUCACAGAAAUUCCUGAUUUAAAAAUUAAUUAUGUCAUUUUAACUAAUUGAUUUUAGCUGUUGAUUUAUAGUACAAUGAUUUUAUUGUCGUUCAACAUCCGUUGACUGUAGUGUAAUGGUGUUAUUUUUCUAAUGUGCUAUAUUGGAUUACAAUUUCAUCAAUAAAAAAGCUAAAUUAA